CUUUGAUUUUUUUUUCUUUCUUUCUUCAAUCAUGUCUAGUUUAUUUGAGAUACCAGACCACUACCUUGUCCAUCAACAAGACAAUAUCUAUACUAUUUCAGCAGCUUCAUUUGUGGCUUGUCUAACAGCAUAUCGCCAAUCGCCUUUACCCAAUGACAUCUUAUUCCCUUGGCUUCAUGGUGUUAAUGGACAGAACAAUCAGCAAAACUUGUUUUUUGGUGUCAGAAGAUGUCUACCUCCUAACUAUCGUGGACUGAUAGUGUUGCAUUGUGGGGAUCCACACAAAGCUCGAUUGGUAGAUACUGUCUUACCAGAUCAAAUCAUAAGAGAAAAUGAGUUUUUACAGACCAGCACAACUCAAAUCAACCUUCGAAGUUUUGGUGAACAACCAGUACGGUUUGCCGCUCUCUCUGAUAUUGUACUGUAUGGAACUGAAGCACAAACACUUGCCAGUCAAGUAGCACAUGCACAGACCACGUUCUAUGCUUCUCGACAGCUUGAAUUGAGUCAAGUACAAAAGACAGCAGGUAAAAGAGCUGUCAGCAAUGCAAAUCAAAUGGUAUACAAGACAAUUCUCAUUCAAGAUGAUUUCUCCUUGUUUGAAAAAGAGUAUCCAGAAUUAGUAAUGUAUGAUUCAAAUGGAUUGAUUGUACACCAAAUUGAUUUCCAACAACUUGAACUUGCUCAAAUGAGAGACAUGAGUAAAGCAACAGAAAUCACGCCGAAUGUUUGGAUGGGGAACACACAAGAUGCACCUUUGGAUGAUGAUGAGGGUAGCGCAUUCUCUAUCUGUAUUGAAGCACAUGAUUUAGCAGAUAUGCCAUUACCUUCUACGCUUACAUUGGCCCGAGAAAUACUGAAAGAUACACGCCAAGAAGUGAUUCAUUUUGAUGUGUAUGGUACAGGUGUGCCUACAGAUAAACCCGCUUUUGAUGUGUUCUAUAGUCGACUGAUGAGUUUAAUGGAGUUUAUCAGAGAACAGACAGAGAACAAUCACCGUAUUUUGAUUCAUUGUUCAGAUGGAUACACCGAGACUUCUUUAUUUGGUCUCUCUUGGAUCAUGUAUUACUGUCAAUUGUCUUUACCUAAAGCCUAUCUUUAUUUACAACAACGUCGUUCAUUCUUUGUCUAUGCAGCUGAUUUAUCUACCCUAAGGCAGAUUGAACAAGCCUUGUUUGACCAAGAAACAGUCGAGCCUGAACCAAAGCGUAAAAAGAGUAUUCCCGAUAGACCUCAUCGCAUAUUACAGUCAGAUGCUUAUCUCAAUACAGUCUCGAAUGAACUAGACGAAAAACUACCAGAUUAUGUCUAUGAACAAUUGCAGUUAUCCCCUACACCCAAAGAACAACAGUUGCAUCCUUGGUUUUAUUCCCCUCGCUUUGAGGGUUCAUUCCCAUCCAGAAUAUUGCCAUUUUUGUAUUUGGGCAAUUUAAAUCACGCAACCAAUCCUGAGAUGCUCAAGGUACUUCAGAUCACACACGUGGUGAGUGUGGGCGAGAAUGCAGACUUGUCAAAGAAAGACUUUGAAUUACUGUAUCUGGACAACUUGUAUGAUGAUGGUAUUGAUUCCAUACGGGCUAGAUUAGAGACAGUAGAGGCCUUUAUUGAGGAUGCACGUCAAAAAAAGGGUAUUUGUUUGAUUCAUUGCCGUGUAGGUGUCAGUCGAAGUGCUGCUAUUGCUAUUUGUUAUGUGAUGAAACACUUGAAUUUGGGUCUUGUUGAAGCUUAUUUGUUUGUUCGUGCUCGUCGAUUGAAUGUGAUUAUUCAGCCUAAUCUCAAAUUCAUGUAUGAAAUGCUUCAAUUAGAACAACAGCGUUCAGGUACAAUAAGAAUGACUUGGCCUGUAUUAUGUAAUGAAAUCAACCAUUUAAAUGCCCUGUACAAAGAUUGCUUAGAAGCGGAGAAAUAAAAUAGAUCUAUUUCACAUAUUCAAGUAGGAUUGACUCUAUAAAGAAAGAAUACAUAUACUCUUGUCUAUCUUUAGAUCUACUAGAAUAGUAGAUACUAUCAAGCAUUGAUUCUACUCAAUAUAUAGUUGCUACAAAAUAAAAUAAAAUAAAAAUAAAAA